GACCACAAUGGCCAUCCUUACUUAAACAAAGCGCCAUCGUCUUCCCCUUCUUUCAGCGGAAAACCCUAGCUCAAGAAACCCUCCGCUGGUUCCUUGAACCAUAAUCAUAGGAUAGACGACCAAUUGUUGUAAAAAGAGUGCGAGAAGGGAUGGCGGGUGGAUCAGAUGCGGUGGAGACUGCAACCUUAUCAUGUGCUAAAUGUGGCAAACCUGCUCAUCUUCAGUGCCCAAAGUGCGUUGAAUUAAAGCUUCCCCGUGAAGGUGCUGCUUUCUGUUCUCAAGACUGUUUCAAGGCAUCCUGGAGUUCUCAUAAAUCUGUUCACUUGAAGGCAAAGUUAUCUUCCCCUGCAUCUGAAAAUCCCAGUGAACAAAAUUCAGCCUCGCCCAAUGAUGGUUGGCUCUACUGCUUGAGGAAAGGACAGGCUCGAACACCCAAGCUUCCACAUUUUGACUGGACUGGACAAUUAAGACCAUAUCCAAUAUCAAAAAGACGUCCAGUACCUGCUCAUAUUGAUCAACCUGACUGGGCAACUGAUGGAAUUCCAAAAAUUGAGCCCAACAGUGAUCUGCAACAUGUUGUUGAGAUCAAGACUCCUGAUCAAAUUGAGAGAAUGCGAGAAACUUGCCGGAUAGCAAGAGAAGUUUUGGAUGCUGCUGCUCGUGUCAUUCGACCUGGAAUUACUACUGAUGAAAUUGAUGCUGUGGUUCAUGAAGCAACAAUUGCUGCUGGAGGAUAUCCAUCUCCAUUGAACUAUCAUUUUUUCCCGAAGUCUUGCUGCACGUCUGUAAAUGAAGUAAUCUGCCAUGGUAUCCCAGAUGCAAGGAAGUUAGAGGAUGGGGAUAUUGUAAAUGUUGAUGUUACUGUUUAUUAUAAGGGGGUACAUGGUGACUUGAAUGAAACAUUCUUUGUGGGUAAUGUUGAUGAAGCAUCUCAACGGCUAGUUCAAUGUACUUAUGAAUGCUUGGAGAAAGCAAUAGCUAUGGUUAAGCCUGGAGUUCGUUUCCGGGAAAUUGGGGAGGUUAUUAACCGGCAUGCUUCUAUGUCAGGAUUCUCUGUGGUGAAAUCUUAUUGUGGUCAUGGAAUUGGUGAGCUCUUCCAUUGUGCUCCAAAUAUACCCCAUUAUGCAAGAAAUAAAGCUGUUGGAGUGAUGAAGGCAGGACAGACCUUUACCAUUGAACCUAUGAUUAACUCAGGCGUUUGGCGCGAUCGAAUGUGGCCUGAUGGCUGGACUGCUGUAACUGCUGAUGGCAAACGUAGUGCACAAUUUGAACACACACUUCUGGUGACAGACACGGGGGUUGAAGUUCUUACGGCACGUUUGCCCUCAUCCCCUAAAAUGUUUCCUUGGCUAAAUCCGUGAUUCUACUAGUUCUUCAAAGGGGGGUGAUAUGAGGAGAUCCUUAUAGCAUCAAUUUUCAACUACGUAUUCAACAAGUAGUUCUUGUUACCCUUCUAGGAGGACUAGAAGUGUUGUAUUUGUAAUUCUGUCUAUUGUCAAAUUUUGAGUUACGAUUUUUCCUGUUAUAAGAGACGGUAAAAUGAUCGAGAGGACCUUCCUGGAAACCUAUUGGUAACUAAGACAAGCAUAGGGAAUAAAUGUUCUGCUGCAGUUUUGGCAUCUGUGAAAAGUGUGGCUGUAUUUCCGUGGGAGAUUAUGUGUUAUAUUUAUCUGUUUAUAUUAUAGACCAGAGAAAAAGAUCUACAGUUUGUGACUUGGUGUAAAUCUGCAAGGCUUUUACCCAAAUUAUUUGGGCUCUUUGAACAGACUUCGAUUA